AUGGAUGCUUGCCACGUUGGUAAUGAAGGUCGGGGUGUGAGUGAAGACGUAGUUAGUGCAGUAAAACUAUUUCAGGAUGCUGCUUUAAUGGAUAAUAAGCAUGCUAAGUUUCAUCUUGAUAUGAUGUACGAAUACGGUCGUGGUGUUCCACGAGACUUUAGUACGCAGCCAAAUUAUAUCGAUAAAGCUGCGAGCAUGUACCAGACGCUUCAUAUUUCCUCGGAUUACUCUUCCUUUAGGAUCAUGGCGUUGAUCAAAGCUUUGAACGUGCGUGAACAAUUUCUAAAGGCCGUGGAUCUAGGGGGUGCGCAAGCUAUGUACGCAUUGCGACAAAUGCACAUCCAUGGCCAAGGAUGUACUAUCGACGUUUAG